AUGGAGGGCCCCACCGGUAAAGGAGAAGAGUCCUCGAAGAAUGUCCCCGCGACGUCGUCGUCUUCCAACGGAAGGAGAGGGAAGGAAGUUUCGGUUAACGCCAUCAAUCCGGCACAUCAGACGUCCCAGCAAUAUUCGGUGAAUCUCACGACAACACCGACUACCGCUCCUGCCUACUUCCCUCCACCCCCACAGCACCAACCUCAAUCGAUUUACUACUCGGCCCCACCGGUCCCGCCGCCAAUGGCCUCACAACCGUACGACCACCAUUACGCAUUCACGUCGGCUCCACCCCCUCAACCCAGGUCCCUGGUGUCGAGAGCUCCUCCACCGGCGCAGCAGAACCCGACUCCGCAGGAUCAGUCUAAACGCUGCGAGUAUCAUCAAGGCGCACCAGGGCAUACUCUCGAUAAUUGUUGGAGGUUGCGAGACGAGAUCCAAAAGAGGAUCGACAGCAACAGGCUCACCUUCAACGCCGUCAGGCCCUCGAAUGUGCAUGACAACCCCCUCCCGGAUCAUAGGCCGAGUUCGGGGCCCUCUAUCAACAUGAUCACCAUAUGCACCUCAGGGAGGGACGAGGAUGCACAAGACAACCCCCUUCCCUUCGUGAUCGACUACACUCCCGAGGAACCCACGGUCGGAUUCGCGGGACACAUGGCCUCGCCGGCUCCAUUCGUUGUAGACAUCCCCGCUCGGGAACCGUAUUCAGACAACAAGGUCCCCUGGACCUAUGAAGGAGGCAUCGGGAAUGUCGAGCAGCAGUUUAGUGUCAUGGGUGUGACACUGUCGGGACGAGUGUACGAGAACCCGGCAAUCAGGGACAAAGGGAAGGCGCCCGCCACUGAAGUUAGGGCAGUGCCCGGAAGCUCGCCUUUUCCAUCCAAAAGGGUAACCGAAGAGGAAGCCGAAGCAUUUAUGAAGGUCAUAAAGGCGAGCGAGUACAAAGUAGUCGAGCAAAUGGCCAAGUCCCCGGCUCACAUCUCACUGCUUACUCUCCUCCUCAGCUCAGAACCUCACCAGGAGGCCCUCCUGCGGGUAUUGACCGAGGCACAGGUCCCGAAGGAAAUGCCUCCUGAUAGGAUAGAGGAGACCGUCGGUUGCAUCUUUUCCAAUACCAUCUCGUUCUCGGACGACGAGCUCCCAUCUGAAGGCUGGACGCAUUCGCGGGCAUUGCACAUUGUCUACAAAUGUAACAACUACAUCAUCGGCCGGGUCAUGAUUGAUAAUGGUUCUGCGCUCAACGUUUGCCCGGUAACCACCUUGAAGCAGAUGAAUGUAGACCUCAACCGCGUUCGCCCGAGCAAAACAGCGGUCCGAGCCUUUGACGGCUCACGAAGAGAGGUAAAUGGGGAAAUCGACCUCCUCAUAGACGUUGGCCCGUGCUCAUUCAGCAUCACGUUCCAGGUGCUCUACAUCCCAAACGCGCUCCACCCGAAUCCGAAUCCCCGACACUUCGAUUCGAACCCAUUCAAAGAGCACCUCGGUGAGCCCCAACCCGUAUACUUUGGGGAAGGGCUUCCCGAGGACAGUCAAGUGCUCGAGAUAGAAGAGAGUUUGCGUCGCCUCGAGGACCACCAAAUCACCUCGGUCGAGCCACCAGAAGAAGAGAUCAACAUGGGCACCGAAGAAGAGCCCCGCACCGUGAAAUUUGGGACAGCCGUCGACCCCGCACAACGAACCUGGAUGAUCGACUUCCUAAAGGAAUACCAAGAGGUCUUCGCCUGGUCCUAUGCUGACAUGUCCGGCUUAGACCCUUCAAUAGUCGAGCACUUCCUUCCACUCGACACUGAGAAAUUCCCGCCCAAGCGCCAACAGUUACGACGGCAGCGAGCUAGCCUUCUCCUCCGCAUCAAAGAAGAGGUCGUCAAACAGAUCAACGUGGGGUUCCUCGAAGUCUGCAACUAA